CAACAGCUACUGACGUCUCCACAUAUCCUAGUCGCUCCGGUUCAUGUACGUUCAGCAAUUUAUGUGUCAAUUAGAACCGCAUGCAACUUGGUUGGUCAAUUUGGGGGAAGAUUGCGAGUAUUUAGGGAAAUAACAAUUUUCCGUGCCACUGAAUUAACCGGAAUAACAAUCAGUAAUGGACGAGAAGUGUUUUACGAAGGAGAUCGACUUAUGGAUCGAACAAAUCAACGACUGCAAACAGCUGUCAGAGAGCCAAGUCAAAACGCUUUGCGAAAAGGCGAAGGAAAUUUUGACCAAGGAAUCCAACGUGCAGGAGGUCCGAUGUCCUGUUACAGUGUGUGGAGACGUCCACGGCCAGUUCCACGACCUCAUGGAGCUCUUCAGAAUCGGAGGGAAGUCUCCAGACACAAACUACCUGUUCAUGGGAGACUACGUUGACCGAGGCUACUACUCUGUAGAAACUGUCACACUACUUGUAGCACUUAAGGUUAGGUACCGUGAACGCAUCACAAUCCUUCGGGGGAACCACGAAAGCAGACAAAUCACACAAGUGUACGGCUUCUACGACGAGUGCUUAAGGAAAUACGGCAAUGCAAACGUAUGGAAAUACUUCACAGACCUCUUCGAUUACCUUCCUCUCACGGCCUUGGUAGAUACUCAGAUAUUCUGUCUUCACGGAGGCCUGUCUCCGUCCAUAGACACGUUGGAUCACAUCCGAGCGCUGGACCGUUUGCAGGAAGUGCCACACGAGGGCCCCAUGUGUGACCUGCUGUGGUCAGACCCAGAUGACCGUGGGGGCUGGGGCAUCUCCCCCAGGGGGGCCGGCUACACCUUUGGCCAGGAUAUAUCCGAGACAUUUAACCAUGCCAACCGCCUUACCCUGGUCUCCAGAGCUCACCAGCUGGUUAUGGAGGGUUACAACUGGUGCCACGAGCGAAACGUGGUAACUAUAUUCAGUGCACCAAAUUACUGUUACCGUUGUGGUAACCAGGCAUCUAUCAUGGAACUCGACGACACCCUGAAAUACUCCUUCCUGCAGUUUGACCCUGCGCCUCGUAGAGGGGAACCCCAUGUCACCCGUCGCACCCCAGACUACUUCCUGUAAAACCUCACCACUUGUACAGUAUUGCCAUGAUUUAUGAAAGUACCUUCAGCAUCCAAAACAUUGGGAGAGGGGGGCAGGGUUGGGCGACACAGCAAAACAUCAAUGUACAUAAUUGUAUUCACACCACUAUUUAAGCAUUCACAUAACAUCUGUACAUGGACCAAAAAGUGUUACAAAGUUCUCCAAGGACUCCAAUUCCUUACUACUCUGGCUCUACUCCCCCGUUUCAAAUCUCAGGAUUAGCACAGUAACCAAGUUUUGUUAAUUGAAACAUUUUCAAUCCAAUGCACCAAGGCUGAUUUUGUGAAUCUGCACAUUUUUCAGUAAUUUUUUUUAACCUGUUUGCACUUAACAUCUGCAUUGGACUUUUUUUUUUAUCUCUAUCAAAUCACCAGGCAGGUCAAAACUACAUCCCACCAAAACAAGCUGAAAUUUUAGGUGGCCUUUUCAAAUGGCUCUUACACUUAAAAGGGCAUUAUCAUAUUACAACCUCGGUGUGGAAAUGUAUAUAAAGCACAGGAAAAUCACAUUUGAGCGGACUGGGCCUUUGUGUUUUUACAAGUCAGAAGAUGGCUGUUAAACUCUACAGAAUGUUGUGGGUUUUUUUGUCUUAAAAAAUAUAUUUAGUCACAAGGUUUUUGCUGGGUUAAACAGAUGCCCUUCCAAUUGUGUGUGGCAGACAGAUCAAGAAAUGCCAUUGGAAACAGUCACACACUAAAUCAUAAUAAUGAGGAGUGAGUUUGUAUUGAGGGAUCCUGUUGAAUAAAGAAUUAAGUUGCUCCUGGA